AUGGUAGCCCUCAUCACCAGCACCACCAUAGUAGCCCUCAUCACCAGCACCACCAUAGUAGCCCACAUCACCAGCACCACCAUAGUAGCCCACACCAAGACCACCACCACCAACAUGCAUCAUGGAGGGGAUUAUGAUGAUUUUGAGGACCAGGUCUGUGAGUUCUUUAAGGCUCUGAGAGAUUGUGGCAUUGACCCUUUUGUGGUUAUAGAUGGAGGCUCCGACCACACCGAUAAAAAGUUUGAAACUCUCCGACAACGAGUUCAAAGCAAGAUCAAGCAAGCCAACCACUUGCUUCAGGAGAGCGGUCUACUACCAGUCCUCGUCAAACAAGUCUUCAAACAGGUCCUCUCCAGCCUGAAGUGGCAGAACGUGUCUGUGCAAGGGGGGAGUUCUCAGAAUUACAUCCCCUGCAAGAGAUACACCACAACAAGCUUCUGCAGACAAGUCAACAUCAACAGACAGCUUCUCCCAGUCUUCGCUGCCAUCGCAGGAAACGACUAUGUCAACUUGCAUAACAUGGGCUUUUCCAUCAAGUUUGAAGACAACUCGCCGAUGGAACCCAAUCGGAAGCCAAGGGUUGACUUCUUCAACAGGUUGUUGAAAUGGCUGGCCCGUUUCCAGGAGCAGCAGGAGGCCUUGGACAAUGUGCCCAGACUCAUCGAUCCUAGGGACAACCAACACAACAUGGAUGCUGCAAUCCAGGCCCUCUCUCUGAGCAUAGAGACAUACCAGAUUCAACCCGGUUGCCUGGAGCGGUUCUUCAAUGAUGGCAAGGCGCCUGAUCCAGGCCUUCUCCCAGACCAUCUGAGUGUCCUUCCAGACUGGACCCUGCUGCCGUUGAUGAAGGGGACACUUCCCUCCUACAUGAUAUACAUUCUGCUGCUGAGGCCAGUAAUACAGGGUGUCCAAGUGGAAGACCACAGCUUACCCAGUGGGAACAUCACCUCUCGGCCCAUACGGCAGGUAUUCUACGGGCUGCUGCUGGGUGAGAGGAGGGAAGUGGAGGAGUACGACAGGGAAGGGAAGAACCUGACCAGCAGCAAGGUUGAAGCCAUCCUGCCCAGUGCUGCACAACAGCUUCUGCUGGACACACUGGAUCAGGCUCCACAUCCAGUGCGGCAGGAGGUGUUUUUGGAGACCCUUGGUGUGUCCCAGUCCACUUUGAAUGGUGUCCCACCUCAUCUGGGACUUCCUGUGGCUGUUACCUACUACUGGCGGAGGCACGCCCAUCCCCAACCAGACCUUCCUCUCCUGCAGGCCCUGCUACUAGGACUGGUGUACGGAGAGCUCUGCAGACAGAGGAAGAGCCAGAGAGGGUUUAUAGAGGAGGGACCAGUGUUGGAGAGGCUGAGAGGGCUGAUUCAGAGAGGUGCUAGGAGUCAGGACCUGGGUGUGACCCACGCCUUUAGCCAAUGGAAGCGCUGCAUGAGGGAUGGCCUUGACCUGAACCAACUGCUGUGCUUCCCUCUACUGGAGCCUCAGUGUGCCUGGCUGUACAAGGGAACUCUGGUGCACCAGCUUGUGGGCCAACUGAGAGGGGGGGUGACCCCGGAUUCUCUCCUGAUGGAAGACCCUUUCUCUGGGCAGCUGUACAGAGCCAUGCUGGUAAUCAUCAUGGAAGGUAAUCCUAUUGAGGACGAUCAGGGUUGGACUGUAGUCAAGAAAAAGAGCUGA